AUGUCCAUGGCAGUGACACGACAGCGCACUACCGCACUCAUCAAAUGCCUUCUCGUCGCAUCCCUGCUAUUUGCACUACUUGUGCUACACCAUGAGAUCCUGCCUGCUCGUCUCACGACCGUGAUACAGAAGCGCGGUGACGAAGAUCUUAUCUUGCAGUCAACAGGCGUCGUUGAGCCGCCAGACGAGAUGUUGAGUGCAUGGCAAGCUAACUGGCAGAAGGCACUAAUCAAAGGAAAAGCUCGCUUGCAUGAGCUUUAUGAUGCUGAUACAGAACAGUCUGCAUGGGAGGAGUAUACUGACCUCAAGCGAUAUGGGUGGGAGUGUCAAGAGGGCACUCGACCUGGUGUACAUGCAGCAGUACGCAUACCAUUGGGGGUGAGCGAAGAUCUUGGGGGCUUGCCGGGUGUCGUAGGCACCGGAAAGGAGGUCUACUGCCGUCACGAGAAGCCUAGCAGCAAUGAGGAAGAUGCCUCACAGCAUUACAAGCCGACGAUGGGCUACUUCCUUGGUAUCUAUUGGCCGGAGUCCGGAAUCAUCCAUGCUCAGAGAUCGGUAUCACCGGCGACUAUUGCAAAGGGCACGGCCAUCGAUGACACCCGUCUGAUCAAUGGCUUCAAGAAUGCUGGGGGCGGAACUGUCGUACCCCUUGCCACACAAGCCGAUGUCAUGUUCCUGGAAUGGCAGCACCAAUGUGCCAAAAGUGGACAUGAGAAUGCUGCCAGGAACUUAAGACUAUUCUUCCGCGGACCCGUACAGAAUGAUGUAGCGCAGGGCAUCAUUCUCCAGGCUUUGCGUAACAAGGGCUCCGAGACUGGAGCGCCCCCAUGGUCUAAGCGAGUGCAAUUCGAUAUUGACUCUCAGGAUGGCCAAGCUAUUCUUGGUAGUCCCAACGGGCAGUCCGUAGCUUACUUCUUGUCUCAACAUCGUCAGCAGCUUGGCUGGAAAGUGGUCAAGUCUGUCGAAGUGUUCGAUAAUCCUGAGUCCACGGUGAUGAACGAGCGAUUUUGGGACAGUCAAAGCUUGUGUCUGGUCUUUUCGAUCUCUGAUCAUGGUCAAGCUCAACAUGAAGCCGUGGAAGCUGGUCCAGCGGGCGUGGAACAGAAAGCGUCCAGUGACCUUGCAAGAUCGGCGAUGGUACCGGCCACACUGCACAGCGUGAGCCACAGCGAAGAACAACAGAAGGCCUCGGAUUCCAGGAGGACCAUCAGGCGCGGCGACACUGAUGCUGCUACAGCUGGGACUGUUGGCUCUAAGCUGCCAUCGAACCAGCUAAAGUCGAUCUGGGCAGCUGAUUGGGACAAGGCAAGGGUGCACGGCCAGGUCAGACUACAAGAAUUGCUGGAUCCGGCCCCUCCUCAGUCACCGUGGAUCCAGUACGAUGAGCUCGCAAAAUAUGGACGGACCAAGUCAGAGCCUACGUGGUUUAUGCCGGGACAAAUCAAGGAGGCCGUCGUGGAGGGUAAGAAUAUGCUGGGGGGUACGGGUAAUGGUGGUCACAAGGUUAUUUGGUCUCAUAACGAGGGAAGCCAAGGCAUACCAGCUGAUGGCAAAUCACCGCAAUCUUAUGAGGCUACAGAUGCAUCCUACACCUCUGUAUACUGGCCACAGGGAGGUGCCAUUCUGUCGCAGUAUUCUACCUCGCCGAAAUACGCCAUCAAGGGGCGUCCGUCCAAGGAAGAUCAGCAACUGGUCCCUCUUGCAAGACAAUCUGAUGUGCUUGCUCUUGAAUGGUUCCGCCAGUGCGAUGAAGCGCAGACAGACCCAAGUAUGCUGAAAUACUUUCUCAGAGUCUUGAUCAGUAAUGACGAAGUCAUCAAUGUAAUUAUCCAUGUUGCACAAAGAAUACUUGGAGAAGGGCAAAUCAUCCCCGAGUGGGCGCAGAGACUGAAGGUCGACGCUGCAAGCCCAGAUGGUGAGGCACUUCUGGGAACCGUGACUGGCCAGGGUGUUGCUCGCUUCCUGUCACAGCAUCGAAAGAAGCUUGGCUGGAAAGAAGUACGAUCUAUCCAUCUCUUCAACUGCAAAACUGCGGCGGACUUCGGUGCGGACACGGGGUAUUGGCAUAAAGAUACCGCGAUACCAGGUCUUCUCUUCAUCAUCGGCGAUCACGAAUCUCGUGCGAGGGGAGCUGAUGUCAGAAAUGCUGAGGGAACGUCGACAGUUGUUGCAGGAAGGUCCUUUGUUAGGAUCGAUUCAGGUUUGCGUUACGAUGCAAAGGCACGGCAUACGUCCAGCAACGUGACCCAAGUACUCCCUCGGAGCUCAUCGGAGCUCCCAAAGCAUGGUCUCGGCACAAUCGAACCACCAACUCUCAAAGUGCCGGACGACGACUUGUUACAAUCUUGGGCAACACUUUGGGAAAAAGCACGACUCAAAGGAGCCGAACGGCUAAGUGAGCUCCUAGAUCCAAGGCCUCAACAGUCCCCAUGGACCGAGUAUGGUGAACUUGAGCUUUAUGGAUGGAGGAAAAAACCAGUCAUCGUUCAAGCAUUCGUGGCACAAUUGAAGGUCGCCGUGCAAAGACUAGAAGAGGAAGCUGGGCUGAAGGAAGGCACGAGAAACUAUGACAAGCUCGCUUGGAAUCAUGAAGUUCCUAGUGAGAUUGGUCAGGGUCAUGGCAAGCCGUCUGCGUCGUACAAGGUGACCGGUGCUUCUUAUACCGCCGCAUACUCACCAAGGGCUGGACUAAUAGUCUCCCAAGACGCAGUGUCGCCGACGGAGGGCGCGCGCAGACGAAAAUUCCCACCCAGUGAGUUGAUCGUACCUCUGGGCAGGCAGUCCGAUGUUUUGGCACUGGAGUGGUUCCACGAGUUUGAGAUGGCAAGAUUGCAAGAUCAAAACAGAAAUGACGAGCAAGCGAGUAAGGAUGGUCGAACAGAUUCGGAGGAGAAAGCAACGUCCGGAGUGAAAAAUUUGAGAUGGAUCGUCCGGGGUCCAAUAGCCAACAUCGAGACAAGGGCUGUGAUCUUCCAAGCUUUGCGCAAUCAGCCAAAUAGCAAAGAACGAUAUCCGAAUGGACCACCGCAGUGGGCGGAGAGGGUAAAGAUUCAUAUUAAAAGUGAAGACGGUAAAGCUCUACUUGGCACAGCGAACGGACAGACAGUGGCACGUCUCCUCUCCCAGCACCAUACACAGCUUGGCCGUAAGACUAUAGACUCGGUACAUGUGUUCAACGCCAAGAACUUGGAGCACGACUACACGCAAGGUGGGUAUUGGGAAAAGCACAACAGCAUGCCGGCCCUCCUCUUCGUGAUUGUGGACUAUGAUUCAUCACAAAAUUCAGGUGGUGAUACCGCUGGGAAGGAGGAACAGACUAUAACACGUGGAAUUGGGUUCGCCAAAGCAAAGUUAUGA